AUGGACAGCUCAAGUCCCACCAACGGUGGAGUCAGCACCAUCAACAACAACAGCAACGCAUCAGCAUUAGCAGUACCAUCAGCAACAACAGCAAGCCAUAAACCCCCAGGGUUCCGCCACCUCCAACCCCGCGCCGCCGCCCGAAUGGAUUUCAACGACAACGAUUCCGACGACGAAGACAGUUGUGGCAUCCUGUCUGCUGACUAUCUCGCCGAACGCAAAACGACCAAGGAUCUAGUCGAUUUCUUCAAGUCUGCCCCUCCUCCCUCCCCACCUCAGUCAAGCCAGCUGCCUUUGAAUCUGUCGCCGGUGGAGGAUGAGAAGAAGAAGAAGCCAUUGUUGCAGUGGUUGAGGCCCAAGAAGUCGGGAUCGAGUCUGAAUACGGCGAGUUCUAUUGCUGGCGGGUCGACGUUGGGAGGUGGGACGGCAAGGAACAGUAUUUUGGUUCAAGGCGCCGGUGGGGCGAUGAGUAAUAUUAGUACGGUGAGUGGGGUGACGAUGGGGAAGGGCAAGAAUGGAGAGGAUAUCACGACUUCGACUUUGCCCAAUGGUCGAAAGUAUAUUAUGAUUGCGGUCGAUUACAAGGAGGGCGGGGGUAGACCUCAACAGCCGCUGUCGGCUGGGAGUGCCAACUCGGAUGUGCUGAGUAUCUCGAAUGGGUCCUUCAUGACGACGACUCGAUUGCCUAAUGGAGGAACUGUCUCCAGGCGACAGAGCAGGGUUCUGGAUGAUGCUACCCUUACAAUUGAUGGUCUGAGCCCUGGAGCUGCUGCCGCCAAGCGGUUGUCGAUCUUGAGUAACACCCUUGGUAGCGAUCUGAACGGCAGCGGUGGUGGAGAGAGACGCCGGUCGAAUCUCAGCACAGAGAGCAGCAGUAACAGCAACAAUGGAUCCAAGUAUGUCAUGGGAGGAAGCUCAUUCAUGCUUGAGAACUUUGCUCUUGACACCGAUUUUAUGGGGCAGGCCACAGGACCCGCAUCGUCCGAGCUGCAGAGGUCAGCGCCGAACAAGUCAGGGGCGGCCGCCGGAGGACUGGGUGCAGGUAUUUCGAGCAUGGGCUCCAAACGCGGAAACAAGGUCCAAUUCAGUCUCCUAGGAGGUCUAAAUGCUGACGGCGGAGAACCUAUGGACGAGACCGUCGUUGCAGAGGCAUUGGCUCAGCGACUUGCAUCCUACAAGGCUCAACAACAAGGCAAAUCGACUACGGCCGCGACAACUACAACUACAACAUCCACAUCCACAACAACUACGACGGACGGCGGUGGCAGCAGCACCUCGCAGGAGCAGGACUACCCCGAGAUCGUCUUGCCCAAGCCCGUGUCACGCAAAAAGGUGCGCCACGUCCAGAUCCAGACCCAACAUUGUGUCAUGCGGACCAUGCACACCCAGACAGAGCCCUACGAGAACCUGGUCCAUGACCUCGAUAUCAAGGAAUGGUCCUCCGCCCCACCCUCCAUCUCUGGAUCAACCGAAGUCGGAUCCACGACAACUGAAUCUACGAUCACAUCUUCCUCUGGCGGGGCACCAAACUCGUCGGGCAAGAAGGACGCAUCCACGAGUGUGGUCACCAGCGCAAGGCCCAACUCCAAAGUCGCCAAUCUGGUCGCUUCCUUGACCCAACCCACCGCCGCAACCACUGCGACGACGACUACUCUGGCUACUCGCAGUGCCGCCACAAGUCCCACCACCACCUCGCCUCCAACUCCCUUCCCAAACCCCAUCGACAACAACAACAGCGCCUCCCUCAAGUCCCCCACCACCCCAACCGUCCCAUCCGCCUUCCUCGAGACCUCCACCUCCACCUCAACUUCCACCGAACCACCAACCUCACCAACAACAGACCCAUCCAACCUCCGCGAAGAACUAGCCCUCCUCCGCGAACAGAACGCAAACCUCCACUCAAAAGUCUCCUCCCUCCAACGGGAUCUGGCCGCCGAGACCCGAGCCCGUAACAGAACUGCAGUUGCGAUGCAGGACACCCGCGACAAAUUCGAGAUGCUCUCCGCUAUGGCCUACAAGAAGCUCAAGGAGAUGAUCUUCCAGCGCCAUAUCCUUGAGAUGGAGGUCCGUGAACUCCGCGCUCAGGUUGAUUUGAGCUCUGACGUGAGCGUCGUUCGGGAGGGCGAGAUAUUGUUCCGUCAGGAACAGCAGCAGCAACAGCAAUUGGUGCACCAACAACAGCAGUACGUUUAUCAAACAGCCUAG